AUGGACGACUCUCCGACGCACAGGAGCGGCGCCGAUGACGGCGGUGUGUCGUCCGUGGAGAUUCCGGCGUGGGAAGCCGACUCAGGUGGCGUUGACCUCCGCAUCGAGGGGCAGGUGGCGAUAAGGCGCUGCCGUGCGUCGGGCGGCGCGCGGCCCCAAUUGACCUGCCACUUCUCACGCCUCGUGGCUCCUAAUUCUGAGGACGCCCAUUUCACUGGCCGCCGUGUUCGGAGACGACGUUGGCAUGGGGACGGAUCGGAGUCCGGUGGAGGGCCCUGCAGGUCGGCGUCCGCAACGGCCGUGGAGGCUCUCCAGACGGUGACCCCGGAAGGGCCAGGCUUGUGCUCGAUCUGCCUAAAUGACUUCGAUGCGGCGAUUCAACUUCUGGCGAUGCCUUGCCGCCAUCGAUUUCAUGAGGUGUGCUUGAAGGAGUGGCUGGCGCGGAGCAAUUCUUGCCCUGUCUGCAGGUUUCCUCUCCCUGUUGGCGCAGAGUAG